AAACAAAUUUCAUUUGCUGCUCCCGUUGCUUCUUCCAUUUAUAUGUGACCCUCUCAGCUCUUCUUCUUUCCAUUGUGUCUGAGACUUCGCUCUACUCCAUACAGUUACCCAAAAACGACUCGUUGUGUAUCGAGUUGGUUUGAUUUGAGACUGUUUUCGACUCCCCCUGUUUUGAAGCCACUUGGAAGAAGCAGAACCAGAAGGCAGAAACCCAGAAAGAUAAUGAGUUGAUUUUCAUUGCUGGAAUAAAAAGUUCGAACUUUGAUUUUAAACAAGCGGCAAGUUCUCCAGGAGAUCGAUCGUUACUCAUAACUUGCAGCUAGGCAGAGCUGUUAAGGCAUCUUCAUAAAUGCGAUGAGUCUCUUGUUCAGUCCGAGAGCGGAAUGUUUAGAGGGAGAGCUGAAAAAGGAUCCAGAAUUCAUGGACUCGGUCAUGCUUAUGCAUAACCCACCGCAUUUGCAGCAGCUGAAUUCCUCGUUAAUGCGAUAUCAGUCUGCUCCAAGCUCUUUCUUCGACUGUUUGGUCAAUGGCAAUGGUUGUGACAUCGGAUGUGAGGAUUCCAGCUAUCUUCGUCCUUUGAACCCUGAAAUGGAUGCUGCCAUAGUCAAACUCAUGUUGAUUGAUAGUUUUGAAUCUAAUGAUAUGCAAGAGGAUGACCAGAGAUACGUAGAGCAAGAGUUGGAAGUUGUUUUCAGGAAUACCAUAUCUCAGGCCAUGGAUGGUCCUACGCCAGUGCAACGCCAUCUGGAUCAUGAAAUUUCAUCGAACUCCAUUGGAUUUGUGAGCUUCUUUGAUGAAGCCUAUUCCAUGGUUUUGCAGAGUAAUGCCCCUGCAGAAUUGGGUAGCGGAAAUCACUCCAAUCUUCUCCGGCAGAGUAGCUCCCCAGCUGGUUUCCUUUCAGACGCUGCUGUUGAAAUUGGCUUUGAUGCUAGAAGAGAUUCUCAGGAUCUUGAAACGCGUAAAGGAGAUGGUUCUUUUUGUAGUAAAUCCAAAUCAAAUGGUCAAACAGAUUUGAGGUCGACAUCAAUUUCAGCCUCAAGGCAUAUGUCUCAGAUUGCUGAAAUGGAGAAUGAGAACAAACUAGAUUGUGUCAGAAAAUCUUGGAAAAAUACCACAUUCAAUGGCCUGAAGAGAGAGAGAGAGGAGGAUGCAAACUUGUCUUACAGCAUACACACUGUGGAGAAUCAGGACAACAUGACCCAAAACAGGACGUAUGGGUUGACGCGCCAUUUGAGCUUGAGCAAGACGUCUACUGAAAUGGAUACUGUGGGAAAUAUUUUGCAAUUUCAAGAUUCCGUUCCAUGUAAAAUUCGUGCAAAACGAGGUUGUGCCACCCACCCAAGAAGCAUAGCUGAGAGAGUGAGAAGAGGGCGCAUCAGUGAAAGAAUGAGAAAAUUGCAAGAUCUUUUCCCAAACUUCGACAAGCAAACGAGCACAGCAGAUAUGCUGGAUAUGGCAGUUGUGUACAUUAAGGACCUUCAGGAACAGGUCAAGCUGCUCAAUGACAGUAAGGCGAAGUGCAUGUGUUCAAGUAAAUAAUACUAAGAACGCUCUUCUGGUACUUUUCUGCUCUCUGCGGCUCCACAUUCCCCAAAUUCACUUUGUGAAAGUGGCAGACUUGAUCAAUUUGCGUAUUAACAUGAAUCUACUAGAGCUGAAGUUCCUCCAAUUGAAGAGGCAUGUUUCAAAGAUUGUGCUAGACGUGGGAGCAGGCAGGAAGACAAGGUUGGCUAGGUGAACUACAGUUGAAAGUUUUCAAAAUGUACGCUUUUCUCGAGAGCGCUUUGCCUUGUAUCAUAAUUGACAACGGAUGGAAAGUGAUUGCUUUCACAAGAAAAGUUGUAUGGCGCAAUGAAAUUUAGGAGUUAUUCC